AUGCUGGCCCUGACAGAGUGCCGUGCUGGAGAGAGCCGAGUCGCUGCUGCUGCCAUUAACAACCCAAUCGUAGACUGGGUGUUUCCAGACGACCUUCCAGUUGUCCAACUCGAAGAUCUCCCGGAGCCUCAGUAUGGCGACGAAACGCAACUUCCUGCAGAUGAGGACAUGGCUGGUUCAUUAGCCAUUCGCGAAGCUGUAGAGAAAUUGCAAAAUGAACGUAAGCGCCCCAAGAAACGUUCAGCAAAGACACCGCCUCCGACGUCUUGGCAGGCUUACAGAGACAACACAAUCAUACCUGCCUGGACACUAUCGGAAAAGCGUGACAUCCUAUUCAAGAAGCCACAAGACUACUUCGACCGAUUCGCUUCUCCCAUCCACUUCUUCCGUUCUCCUCACGCACAACUAAUCUUUCCACAACAAGACGACAUCUUCGCGUCGCAACAGCCUGAUGAACUCCUUGACAUCGAGACUCAAAUGGCCCUUAACCACUACGCCACAUUUGAAGACAAUAUCAAAGCCCCACCAGCAGUACCAACAUUAUCCAGAUGCCGUGCCUACGCCCGUAACUAUCCUCCAGCUGGCACCAGACUGAGUUUGCCAAUCUGGAACAUCACGACUGGUUUGGAGAGUCCAUUGUCCGAUACCGCACAUGAAUUGGCCAAGAUGUUACGACGCAGCAUCGCGCGUCAAAUCCUGAAAUCGCAUUCUGGCCGGUCGAGAUGGCACGACGUUGCAGAGAAGAAGCAAUACGAGGCAAUCGCCCAGGAGCGUGUAGAAGUAGAUUCGUACGAAGGUGUAGGUCUUUGGACUCAACCAGAUACUAAUGUAGAAACAAACCCACCACUACAAGAAAUUGGAGCAUGGAUGAGACAGCGCUUGGAACCAGACUUCGUCUAG